GCUUUCUCCGACACUUCAUUAUGUCAAACCCCGGGUUUUCACCUCCUGGCGGCAGUGCUUAUUCGUCUGAUACUCUAUACGUGGGGGAUGGGACGUGGGAUUCACAAAGGAACACCUUCCUGCUCCCCAACUUACAAGGACUUAAUCUUGCGACUACCCAAUACAAUGGUAUGGGCAACCGUUUUCGCGGGAUGGCUGGAUAUCGAGGUCUCAUCCUAGGUCACGGUAUCCUUGCUGCAAUAACAUUCCUCGCUAUCGUGCCGGCCGCCAUCUUCCUCGCACGUUUCUACCACCGGAACCCUAGGCUGGCUCUGCGCCUCCACAUCUGGCUACAAAUUCUAACCGUGUUACUCUCAACCGCCCUCUUUGUGCUCGGAUUCCAAGCAGUAGGCCUCAGGAGAUCACUGUCCAACCCACACCAUGGAAUUGGUGUCGCCCUUUAUACUUUGGUAAUGGUGCAAGCCAUUGGAGGAUGUCUUAUUCAUAGGAUAGAGAAAGGCAAAGAGCGAUAUAAACUUCCUCUGAAACUGAUGCUCCAUCAAUGGAUAGGCCGAUUGAGUGCGGUUCUGGGGAUCAUCCAAGUCGCUCUUGGAUUAACUCUGUAUGGCUCACCAAAGAUACUCUUCAUCCUUUAUGCGUUGUGGGGUUUCGUCCUCUUAAUCGCAUACUUCAUUCUUUCCUACAUCAACCAACCGUCCGUGGCUUUCGACGACGACCGCGGUACAUACAUAUCCGAGCGCACCGAUACUACUCGUCGGAGUCGAAGUCAUCGCGGAGGUAGCGGUCUCGGGGCAAUAGCAACUGCAGGUGCUGCGGGUGCCGGAUUGGCUGCUCUCCGAAGGCGAUCUCGAUCACGUAGCGGUAGCCGAAGAAGACCUAGUGGCGGGAGGCACGACGCCAUGAGCUCCCAUUACAGUUCACACCUCAGCGAUUCUUACGUGGAUGAAAAGCACAGACACGGCCAGAAGCAACACACCUGGAGAGAUCGGCUUCUUGGGGCUGGAGCAGCUGCUGGGGGGAUUCUGGCUUUGAAGUCUCUUUUUGGUGGUGGCAAGAAAAAACACGCGGUUACCGAGACGGGAAGUGACGUGAGCUACAGCCGUCCUAUUGGGCAGUCCGAGGUUACUCAGACGGAUUUGAGCAGACUAGAAGAGGGGAGAGCUCCUGCUUCGCCCGGGCGAGAUCAUUGGCGCCGCGUCGAAGAAAGGGAGGCUGCACAAGCUGCCGCCAUGGGCGCAAGUCCGUUACGGCAAGGUCACCGACCAACGCGAAGUGCUGCUUCCAUGGAUUCUUUCGAUAGCCGUACCAGCAUUAGCGACGAGUAUGCUGCCAGGCCAAAAGAGUCACAUGGCCUGCGCAAUGGCAUCGCGGCGAUGGGUGUACUUGGCUACCUCAAGUACUCGUUGGGCAGGAAGAAAAAAGAAGAUGAACAUGUUGCGGCUAUGAAGCAGCAAGACAUCGAGGAAGAGCGCAUUGCGCGUCAGAACAGUGCGAGGCGCAAGUACACUGGAGACGGCUUCCCUCCUCGACGAGCUCAUGCUCCAUCCACAAUUCUUUCCGAAAGCGAUAUCUCUACGGCAAUGACUCCAGCUCCAGCGCGACCCCACCAUCCCAGAAGCACAACCGACCUCACACAGUCUCACAUGGCAGCAGGUCCUUCGGUCCGCCCGGUGCGACCCUCGGGCGAUGCACACGGCGUUCUUUCGGACUCUGGGUCCGAAGCUUAUGUUUCAGGGGGUGGUGGUCGACAUCGUCGGCAUCGCAAUGCGGGUAGUGGAGCACUAGCUGCGGGUGCAGCCGCAGGCGCCAUGUCUACCGGAUCACCGUCCCGAAGAGAUCACAGCCAGCGACGCAGUAGCAAAGAUGACAGCUCUGCAUCUCGGCCCGUCUCAGUCAAAGUGAAGAUGCACAACGAUGGACGACAUGUGACGUUGAGGAGACUAAACGAGGAAGAAGCGGCUGCAGAACGAGAAGCGAGGAAGAAGGAGCGACAUAAGCCCAGGACUGGUAGCAUGAGCUCUCUUGGGAACUCGGAGAACAGAGAGCGUUGGCGAAGAACAGAGGCCAUGGAAGCAGCUCAGGCUCAAGAAAUGUCUCAACAGGCGCCGACUCCGAUACCGAUGCCUGAACCAGUCAUUCCCCCAGGGUCUGGCGCUCCAGCGGGACAACAUACACCUCUCCCGCCGCCUCCCCCGAUUCCAGCAGCAGCAGGGAGUGUAUUAAGCAGCCCGUACGGUGGUGGCACAGAAACAGAUGUCAGCAAUUUUGAUUCAAACCGGAGGAGACGCAGAGCGGAGCGAGCCCAGGCCAAAGCGGCCAAAGGCGGCAAGAGCGUUGAUUUUCAAUGA